AGCACGGAAACUCUGCUGUCUCGUGGCUUCUCGUCAGUGCUAGUGGUCAGGGCUGUGUCGGGGGUGUCAGUACGGGUGGCUCUUAUUAUAUAAUUUUUUUCAUUACGAAGACUUGGUUAUGCGUCUUUUCGUGGAUAAAUUUUCUUAAUGAUCUGGUGACUCAUCUUGUUGCUCCCGUGUUUAGCGUGUCCUGAGAAACAAAAGCAAGCAAAGACACUCGGUAUCUAGGCGCGGCUGCUGCAAUACGGAUAUUUAGUCACAAUGGCCUCUGGCACUGGUGACUCUGAGGAGAUAUAUGGAAACAAUGAUACAAUACUCCUCUACAAGCUAGGACUUACGGGCAAGUUACUGGGUGCUCUACAGAAGCCUGGAGGAUAUGAUGAUGGCCACGACAGCCAUGAAGAGGAGACAGAGUAUGAUGAAGGUGCCUACGACGGCCAUGAAGAGGAGACAGAGUAUGAUGAAGUUGACUACGACGGCCAUGAAGAGGAGACAGAGUAUGAUGAUUAUUAUGAUUCCUUUUCAAGUGGUGAAGAGGAGAUAGAAGACACAAACCAACAGGAGAUCGCACCAACGGAAGAGGAAAAUACUCAACAAGUCCAGGAUGAGAAUAUACAAGGUAACGAUUGUGAUGAGGAAGACGGGUACUUGGUGCUCCGUCCGUCAAGCCCAGAAGGUAUUAAUUCACAGACACCAUCCAGUUUGCCCGUUUGGCCUCCGAUGCCUCAGCCACCUUCUAACAUUACUCGCCAGCUCAGUCAACGGCGUGGGGUGCCAUGGAAGCCUCACCCCACAAGUAAAGAAAUUAACUCUGCUGCGAACAGUGUCUUCUCAAACCCCCAAAAUAAUGGAAGGAGCCCAGGCCCAUCUUUUGCUGACCUCAGUAACAGGGGUCCGAUGCCAGUCCCUGCUCAGAAGAGAGACUUUCAAAACAAGGUUUGCCCCGAAACCCCCGACAGAUCAGCGCGCCCACUACCCAAACCUGACAAGCUCGGUCUCUCAAAAGUAACCCCAAAAGGCCCCACUGAAACUGAAGGUAGCACUGUCAGGCCUAGCAGGUUUGGACAUCAGCGUCAGUCCUUGCGUGUUCCUCAGGAGAACUGUGGCGCCAAGAAUGGAGCCCCCCCAAUAAUCAAUCAUCAGACGAACAAUCAGCCGGACACCUUGGCCCAACAAAGACAGUUGCAGAAUUCUGUAAAUGCUAGGACAAAUGUACCAGUCAAAGGCUCCCCUACCAGAUAUGGACCAUCCCCUCAGAACAGUAAUAAUUGUUUGGGAUCUCCAAAGCUUCCACUCCCUUCGUCCACACCGUUUGUCAAACUGGAGAAUGGGGAGAAAAUCACUCUUACUCCACUGUACCGGAGCAUCAUAGAUAAACCCUACUUCCAUUUGGUUUCAAGAGACUUUGCAAAGAACUUGACAACGACAGGAGGGGCCGGAGCCUUCCUCAUCCGGCCGUCCAGGAAGACCGGCAAUCCUCUGACCAUCACCGUCAACAACGGGCGCAAUAACUUCCACGUCAGCAUCAGGCGGCGGCCCGACAACCUCUUUGCCCUGGGGAGUGAGAGGAGAGAGGAAAUGACCUUUUCUACAAUAGAUGAGAUCAUUGACACCCAUCAACAGACGCCCAUCGUCCUUUCCAAUGGAACACGCCUCACGCUGAAACACUCCCCUAUUAGGACUGGUAAUACUUAUGUUCAACACUCUGUACCUGGGAGCAGAGGGAACAGAAAUUGAGCAAAGGAGGCAGCUCAAGGGCACACACAAAAAAGAAAACAAUAAUAAAAAAAGCCUGCUACUCGCUGCUCCUAAAAAAGAAACAAAAGAAGUGGCCGAAAGGAAGAUCAAAUACGGGAGGAGAGGUGUCCUGAUACCCUCCUUUUGAAAGAGUUCAAGUCGUAGGUAGGAGGAAAUACAGAUGAAGGAAGAUUGUUCCAGAGUUAAGGAGAGACCGAGGAUGUUUAGUGUUGAGGAAGGUGAUAGCUGGGUGUUGUCAAAGAAUAGGGGAUAGUUGUUUGGAAGAUUGUGUCGAGUGGAUAGGUGGAGAAACUGUGUUUUUGAGGCGUUGAAGGACACCAGGUUUUUCUUGCCCCAAUCGGAAAUAAUAGUAAGGUCUGAGGCUAAGCGUUAAGUUCCUGAAGGGUGGGUCUUCUAUUAAAAUAAGUUGAGUAAUGCAGAGUGGAAUCAUCGGCGUAGGAAUGGAUAGGACAGUUCGUUUUGGAAAGAAGAUCAUCAAUGAACAACAGAAAAAGAGUGGGAGAUAGGACAGAACCCUGUGGGACACCACUGUUAAUAGAUUUAGGGGAAGAACAGUGACCGUCUUCCACGGCAGAAAUAGAACGGUCAGAAAGGAAACUGGAGAUAAAGGUACAGAGAGAAGGAUAGAAACCGUAGGAGGGUAGUUUAGAAAGCAAAGAUUUGUGCCAGACCCUAUCAAAAGCUUUUGAUAUGUCCAGCGCAAUAGCAAAAGUUUCACCGAAACGGCUAAGAGAGGAUGACCAAGAGUCAGUUAAGAAGGCUAGGAGAUCACCAGUAGAACGCCCCUUGCGGAACCCAUACUGGCGAUCAGAUAGAAGGUCAGAAGUGGAAAGGUGCUUUUGAAUCUUCCGGUUAAGGAUUGAUUCAAAAGCUUUAGAUAGACAAGAAAGUAAAGCUAUAGGACGGUAGUUUGAGGGAUUGGAGCGGUCACCCUUCUUAGGUACAGGCUGUAUGAAGGCAUACUUCCAGCAAGAAGGAAAGGUAGAUGUUGACAGGCAGAGGCGAAAGAGUUUGACCAGGCACGGUGACAGCACGGAGGCACAGUUUUAAAGGACAAUAGGAGGCACUCCAUCAGGUCCACAAGCCUUCUGAGGAUUGAGGCCAGAGAGGGCAUAGAUAACAUCAUUUUGAAGAAUCUUUAUAACAGGCAUAAAGGAGUCAGAGGGGGGAUGAGUAGGAGGAAUAUGCCCAGAAUCGUCCAGAGUGGAGUUUUUAGAAAAAGUUUGAGAGAAGAGUUCAGCCUUAGAGAUAGAUGAGACGGCAGUGUUGCCGUCAGGACUGAGGAGUGGAGGGAAAGAUGAAGAAGUGAAGUUGGAGGAGAUGUUUUUGGCUAGAUGCCAGAAGUCACGGGAAGAGUUAGAGAAAGCAAGGUUUUGACAUUUUCUAUUAAUGAAAGAAUUUUUGGUUAGUCGGUGGGUCCAGAGGGUGUACAGGAGCGAUAGGACAGGAUGCAGAAAUAAGAUUGUGAUCGGAGGAGCCCAACGGAGAGAACAGUUUGACAGAAUAAGCAGAAGGGUUUGAGGUAAGGAAGAGGUCUAGAAUGUUGGGCCGAUCUCCAAGACGGUCGGGAAUACGUGUAGGGUGCUGGACCAACUGCUCUAGGUCGUUGAGGAUAGCAAAGUUGUAGGCUUGUUCACCAGGAUGGUCAGUGAAAGAGGAUGAAAGCCAAAGCUGGUGGUGAACAUUGAAAACUCCUAGGAUGGAGAUUUCAGCGAAGGGAGAGUGGGUCAAGAUGUGCUCCACUUUAGAAUUAAAAUAGUCAAAGAAUUUUACAUAGUUGGUAGAGUUAGGUGAGAGAUAAACAGCACAUAUGUAUUUAGUAAUAGAAUGACAAUGAAGUCUUAGCCAGAUGGUGGAAAAUUCAGAAGAGUCAAGGUCGUGGGCACGAGAGCAAGUGAUGUCGUUGCGCACGUAGGCGCAACAUCCAGCUUUGGAUUGAAAUUUAGGAUAGAGAUAGUAGGAGGGAACAGAGUAGAGAUUGCUGUCAGUAGCCUCAGAAACCUGUGUUUCGGUAAGGAAGAGAAGGUGAGGUUUAGAGGUACUACUAAAUUACAAUCAGUUUCUUUAUCUUGAUCGUACUACACUCAUUUGGCUCCACUUCCUUCCACCUGAUUGGCUGAACAGAAUGUGUCGCGCCGGGAUAAUUCAACGAGUGAACUAUUAUAUAGGAAAAAGGUAUCACAUUCUAGGCACUUGGUAAUACUAGGCCUAAAAAUUAUCAUCAUAUAUACAAGAAAAACCUGAGUAGUAUGUGUCAAACUCAUUCAAGACAGGAUAAGCAAUCUUCUUUUUUCAUCCAGCUAUCGCAAUAUAUUAAUGUAAAAUUUGUUGAGAGUUCCACCAGUUACAUACUUGGUUGCAUAACUUUGUAUCAAUAAUAAAACUGUAAUCCGCUUG